AUGUUCUCUCUCUCUCUUUCUCUCUCUCUUUCGUUCUCUCUCUCUUUCUCUCUUUAUCCAUAUAUGGAAUUCUUGUUUAAUUUUUCUUUCUUUCCUCUUACUUUUUUCUAUCGUUCUCGGACUUCAUUCGCCCGCUUCAAUUUUCUUAUAUAUCUAUGUUCUCUCUCUCUUUCUCUCUCUCUCUUUCUCUCUCUCUCUUUCUCUCUUUAUCCAUAUAUGGAAUUUUUCUUGUUAAUUAUCUCUUUAUCUAUCUUUUCUAUUCACAUCUAUCUAUCUAUCUAUCUUUUGUAUUUAUAUCUAUCUAUCUAUCUAUUUCAGUCUACUCAUAUCUAUCUAUCUAUCUAUCUAUCUAUCUAUCUAUCUGGGUAUAUUUCUAUCUAUCUAUCUAUCUAUCUAUCUAUCUAUCUAUCUAUCUAUCUAUCUAUAUAUAUAUAUAUAUAUAUUUCGUAUUUUCCUUUGCUUUUACCGCCAAAAUACGGCAUCAGUUGCACACACGAAUUCGCAAAAAUCCUCAAAAUCAAGAGAUGGAACGACAAUCAAGGUUUCCUUGUCUUUACAAUACGAUCUAACACCAACAAGUCCACCUUAAUGUUGGAAGAUAAUGAUUUUAAUUACGACCAACACAUUCCGUGUAUAGUCCUUUAA